ACGCGCAUAUAUGAGAGGGAUGUUUAAAAUGAACAAAGAAAGUCAAGAGUUGUCAGUGUUAAAGUGUACAGCAAAUUGAGAAGAUCGGUAACUAAUGAAAAGUAAAAGAAACAUAAAAAACUGAAAAUUUUAAAAAAGUGUUUAAUAUUUAACUUGAGUAACAUUAGCCAAACACGUGUGAAUAUAUAAUGUGGAUAUUUUUGUUUUAAAUUCAAGUUUAUCUUCAAAUUGAAAUUUUAAUUUAGCAAUUUAUUAAUAAAAAAAAACAAACAACAUCAACAAUAACCAGAAUCACUUUCCCGCAAUCUAAGUAUAAGAUAAACAAUUUAGAAGGCAAUGCAACUGCUAAAGAGCCGCAUAAAAAUAAUCUAAUUUUGCGGUAGUAACAAGUUACCAAAAAGAACCUCAUUUUAAUACUUGUCGUCUGUAGUUAAAGAUCCAAAUGAAUUAAGACAAAAAUAUUAAAAGAAACCAACGGUUGGCGUUAAAGCAUUAGUGGCCCUCAAGUGACUGAGCAACGACGUCUCAAACAUGGAUUUUAACCAUGUCCUGGAGAAAUGUGGCAACUUUGGCCGUUAUCAAUGGAUGCUGUUACUGCUCUACGGUUGCACCAACAUUUUGUCCUCCAUGCACUACUUCUCCCAAACUUUGAUCAGUUUUACCCCCGAGCAUUGGUGUUAUCAUCCACAAUUGGCGAAUAAAUCAUUUGAGGAUAUCGAUAAAAUCUACAAGCAAUUCAAGAGGCCACAUUGUACUCUGCUGGAGAAGUUCGAUGAUGAAAGUGGUAUAGCUACCCCAGCAGAAGGAAGUGAAUGCCGUGAAUGGUUUUAUAGAAGACAAGAUGGCUAUGAGAGUAUUACAACUGAGUUAAACUGGGUAUGUGACGAUGCCUUCCGUAACGCUGUGGGCCAAUCCUUCUAUUUUCUGGGCGCCGUGGUGGGUACCAUCAGUUUUGGUGCUUUGGCUGAUCGAAUUGGACGCUUGCCCGCUGUGCUUCUGAGUACUUUUACAGGUGGCUUGGGAGAUUUCAUAACAGCAUUUGUGGGAAAUGUAACAUUCUAUGCCAUCAGCCGUUUCAUAUCCGGCUUAUCAACAGACACUUUUUACAUGUUGAUGUAUAUACUGGUCUUUGAAUAUCUGAGUCCGAAAAAACGUACUCUAGGCCUAAAUAUUGUACCCACCAUAUUCUAUUGCACCGGUCUUAUGUUAUCGCCUUGGUUUGCUUUAUGGGUACAGACAUGGCGCAAAUAUCUGUUUGUGGCCUCAGUGCCAGUCCUUUUGGUCUUUGCCUAUCCCCUGCUGGCUUGUGAAAGUGCCAAUUGGUUGCUGACUCGCAAAAAGUAUGACCGUGCCGUCAAGUGCCUUAAACGUGUGGCCAAAUUCAAUGGACGUCAAGUCGAAGAAAAGGUAUUUGAGGAUUUUGUAGAGUUCUACAAAAAGAAGAUAGAGGUUGAAGAUGAAAAACUUAAAAACAGCAAUGAUACCUUUUGGGGUAUGUUUAAGACGCCAAGAUUAAGGAAGUUUACCAUUAUACUGUUGGUGAAAAGUGUCAUCAUAACCAUGGCCUUCGAUAUUAUUUCGCGGAAUAUGGAAGGCAUGGGCUCUUCACCUUUUAAGCUGUUCUCCUACACUGCCAUUUGCUAUGUUCCCGGUGGUCUCACCAUUAUUGCCUUUCAGAAUAUAGUGGGCCGCAAAGGUAUGGCCAGUUUGUCUUUGCUUGUAGGUGGUAUUAUCACUGCCGUUACUGGGUUUCUGGUGGCCUUCAUGGAUGCCAAAUCGCAUGCAUUGCUAUUGGGUAUUAUGGUUGGUCUCGGCCGUUACGGAGUUGUGGUGGCCUAUGAUGCUGAAGUGCAAUAUUGUACAGAAAUUAUUCCCACCAGCGUAAGAGGUCGCGGGGUGGCCAAUAUUCAUGUGCUGGGCUAUGCCUGUAGCUUCCUUAACUCCUAUGUCUUAUAUUUGGCCACAUUUUAUAGGCCAUUGCCGGCGCUCUUUAUAAGCAUUAUUAUGUUAAUAGGAGCAGCUUUGUGUCUAUUACUUCCUGAAACCUUGAACAAAAAACUUCCAGAAACUCUUAGUGACGGCGAGCUCUUUGGCCUCGAUGAAAAAUGGUAUUAUUUCCCCUGUUGGAGUAGAACUCGCAAAAACUCAAAUGUAUCCAAACAAAUCUCAAAUAUUCAACAAAUGGACAAAGAGAAAACUUAUUUUUAAGUUAUUGACUUUUAAUCGAUUUUGUUUUUAAGAAAUCUUAACUUAAAUAGUGUACUUAGUUAUCUUAUUUAAUUGUUUACAAAUUAAAACAAACACCAUUGAAAUGAA